CUUUGUCAAGAUCAACCAUCAGCAUUAUCUAGUAGUGUUCCUUCGAAGCAAGUCGACAAAGAAAAGAGCUUUGCAAAAAUGUCAGAUAUCAUUUUUAGCAACUUUAUUCCGAUUUCCCCUUGUCAAAACUGCUUCGGAAAGGCUGAAAAACAGGAUUUGUAUCAUUUAUACGAUUGCCCGAAAACUUCUUGGCAGCCCGCUGACGGAUCUAUUUGAAGUAACUGAGCAAGUGUGGGGCCGUAUUGGCAAGCAAUAAGUACUCGGGGGCCAGGGCCCUUGUGUUGCACCACUGAGUGACCAGUCUGACGAUGAGGGGACGAUCGAGAAGUUACCCCGGCAAGGCCGACUCUCUCCUUUGGUAGAUAAAAGUUUUGUCUACAAUCGAGUUUCACUUGUAAUUGCUACAGUCAGCUUAGUCAUCUUGUCAACGUUGAUUUGCAGCUGGUGUAUAUCAGUGUUUCCGCAAGCUGAGAAGCAGAGAAGCAGAUCCCACUAGCUGAGCAGAUUUUUGGCCGCUUUGGUUGGUAAGCACCUUCACCUUACUAGUCUAUUGGGCAGCCGUCAGAAAAGUCUCCCAGUAAUUCGAUCAACGUGCCUCUUGCUGGCAACAUGACGGCCUGUAUGGCACCUGAUCAGCCCGAGAGAGCUGCGGCAAAGAAGAUCCCCGUGACUGUGGUGACUGGGUUCCUGGGCGCAGGCAAAACAACACUUGUCAACCACAUUUUGAAGGAGAACCAUGGCAUGAAGAUCGCCAUCAUCGAGAACGAGUUUGGCGAAGUGGGUGUCGAUGACGCUCUUGUUAUUGACACUGAGGAAGAGAUCUUCGAGAUGAACAACGGCUGCAUCUGCUGCACCGUGCGGGGAGACCUUAUCCGGAUACUGAUCAAGCUGGCGGCACGUCGCAACCAAUUCGACGCGAUCCUCAUAGAGACGACUGGGCUCUGUGACCCUGCCCCUGUUGCCCAGACCUUCAUGCUGGACCCCGACAUCAAGAACCGCUUCACAAUCGACUGCAUCCUCACGGUUGUCGACGCGUAUCACAUCGAGCAGCACCUCAAGGAAAAGAAGCCGGACGGGGUGGAGAACGAGGCCGUGGAGCGGGUUGCGUUCGCUGACAAGAUCCUGCUCAACAAGGUUGACCUCGUUACCUCUGAGGAGAAGGUGCACGUGAAGAACAGCAUCCGUGCCAUCAACAAGUUCUGUGACAUCGUCGAGUGCCAAAAUUCGCGCGUACCUCUGAAGGAGAUUAUGAACUUGAAGGCGUUCGACCUGGCCCGCGUCAUGGACAUGGACCCCGACUUCCUGAAGGUCGAUGCUGAGCACAUGCAUGACCUCAGCGUAUCCAGCGUGGGCAUCCGGGAAGAGGGGAACGUGCACGUGAAGAAGCUCGAGAAGUGGCUAAGCAACCUUUUGAAUGAGCGCGGCCAGGACAUCUUCCGAUCCAAGGGGGUGCUGUCGGUGGCGGGAAGUGACGAGAAAUACGUCUUUCAAGGCGUGCACAUGCUGAUGCGGAUAACGUCCUCGGACGACGGGGUCGGGAAGGCCUGGCAGCCGGGCGAGAAGCGGGUGAACCGGCUCUGCUUCAUCGGGCGCAAUCUUGACCGGGAGGAGCUCACCAAGAGCUUUGCCAAGUGCCUGACGAAGGAGGCGACGUCAACCAUCAAGACGCGUAAGCGCGCGCGAACCGAGGCUGCACCGGGCGACGAGGACUGAGCAAGUCACUUUUGCGGAAGGGCGCCAGUGAUCGGGAUUUGCAAUUUGUGUUGUUGAGUAGAGGUUCGAGUCAUCCCAGAAGCCCUCUUCUUCAGGUAAAGACUUGAUGACAUGCGGGCGAUCGUGCACGGCCUUGCAUCUCCCUUUCAUGCAUGCGGCUUUGAAACUCAGUGUCCUCGACACGGGUAGGCCUUAAAACUCACCGUCUGGCCGGCAACGAGCACUAUCAUGGCCAUGGUUUGAGCAGCCGUGUGUCUUGAGAAGUAUUUGUGUUGCUUAGAUCAUGCAAUACACGCGGUAUACAGAUAGUGGCUUUGGGUGUCACUUCUGGGUUUAGACGUCAGUUUGAAGUUUGGGUUGGACGUACACUGAUCGAUGUUCCGUCUUGACCAGCUUGCGUUAAGGCACACGUCUUGAUUUAUGAAAGGGCAUCGC